CUUCUGUCAGAGGGUGGAGGAUUGUGAAAGGGUGGAGUUUAAUCAGUCGAACACAUCACUGCAACAAAUUAAGAAUCACUUUCAUCGCGUUACUCGCAAAUCCCACCAUGUCCACGGCGUUCAGGUCUUGCUUUGUGCUCAGUGGCUUCAUCCUAGCGUACAUCACUUACUUGAUAUUGGGAGCGCUUGUUUUCUCUGCCAUCGAGCGGCCCGUCGAAGAGACCCUGAAAUCAGACCUGAACUCCCUGAAAGCUGAGUUCCUCAACCUGAGCUGCAUCAACGCUACGGCCCUUGAGGGUUUCUUAGAGAGAGUUUUAAAAGCGAAUAAAUACGGCGUGUCGAUCCUUCAAAAUGCCUCGCUCCGUUCAAACUGGGAUUUGGCGUCUUCUCUGUUCUUUGCCAACACGAUGGUCACGACAGUGGGAUACGGCCACACUACGCCGCUCUCUGAUGCGGGUAAAGCGUUCUCCAUCGUGUAUGCUUUGAUCGGAGUGCCCUUCACCAUGCUGGUGCUCACAGCCUGCGUCCAGCGCCUCAUGCACCCCCUGACCUACGGGCCGAUCUCCCUGUGCCAGCAGCGGGCCGGCCUGCACCCCCGCGCAGCCAGUGUUGUGCACUUCAUCGUACUGAUGGUCCUGGUGGUGCUCGGCUUCUUCGUGAUUCCUGCGCUGGUGUUCAGCGCCAUAGAAGAAUCCUGGUCUUUCUUGGACGCCUUCUACUUUUGUUUCAUCUCCCUCUGCACUAUAGGACUGGGGGACUUUGUGCCAGCAGAAAAGCCAGGACAGAGACUCAGAGCUUUGUACAAGAUAUCAGUCAUGGUGUACCUGUUUGUGGGCUUGAUGGUCAUGUUCCUGGUCCUUCGCACAUUCCACAAGCUUGCAGAUGUGUACGGGUGGACCGCUUUCUUCCAGCUGCCAAGUUGCGAGGAGGAAGAUGAGGAUAAAGAGCCGAUAAUCGAUCGCGAGCCUGGUGACGAAUCGCCCGAGGCUGAGAAGGCCUCAAUAAAGCAGCGGGAUCCCAGCUCUCAAGUGUCCUACAACUCCAUAAAUGGAUAAAAUGCUAGAUCUUUCCUCAUUCACAUAAGAUCACUUCUUUCCGCAGUGUCCUGCACUUGUAAAUCGUCUUUAGCAGCAGCUCGCCGCGGCAGCACCUCCGAGGUCAAGGCGGUCGAGGAUGAACACGUGCAGUGCAAUACACCUCACUGUUGGGCAGAACAUCUUGGAACGAAGCAUCUGAGUGGAUUGUAACAUUUUCAUGAACCAAAUGAUUUUUUUCCCCUGUUUGGAGUUUUCAAAUUUGAUCUUCAAGACUUUAGUAAUGUUGCCAUUCUUUUAGG